AGAAGACAAGGCAGGAUGGAGGCCCUGAAUGGUGGAAUCAGAACUGAGAUUGGAGAUGUAUCAGCUCAUCGCAUAGUGGAAAGCCUUAAUUACCUUGAGCCUGGCGAGCAGUUUGGACUUCUGCAUCACCAUCCCCAGAAGGAUGGCCAGUUUUGUGAAAUCACAAUAGAAGAAGACAUUGAUGAAACCAGAUCGAUGAAGGAGAAAGAGAAAAAGAAAAAAACACAGCCUUCACCCACACCGCCACCCCCUCCACCAAAGAAAAAGAAGCUCCCUGACCAAGAACAGAAAGCCAUAAAGAUCCAGGCCUGGUGGCGGGGCACCCUGGUGCGCAGGACAUUGCUGCAUGCGACACUCAGAGCAUGGAUCAUUCAGCAGUGGUGGAAGAUGACACUGGCAAAGCUGCUGGAAAAGAGGAAACGAGCAGCCCUAGAGUCCUAUGCGCAGCAAGAAUGGGCAGUGGUCAAGCUACAGUCCUUGGUCCGCAUGUGGCACAUACGCCAGCGAUACUGCCGUUUGCUCCACGCUGCCCGCAUCAUUCAGCUGUAUUGGCGCUGGCAUAAUUGCCAUAGCCGUGGCUUUUUCCAGGGCAGCUAUGACCUCACAGCAUCCCAUCUGGGACUAGAACUCGAGAUUUUUCUGGGGUCACAGAUUUGUCGGAUUACAGACUGCAUCCCCUUCCCAAUAAAGAGCUAAUCAGGUCUGCUCCAA